AUGACUAUUCACCCACUGGAGUUUCUCGUAUUUUUUUUAGGAGUGUCAGCAACAACUGGACGUCCAUUUUCACCUCCACUGUCAUACAGGACGACUACUCGCCUCCACCCGCUCAAAACCGAACGAUCCGAGAUUCUUGAGGGAAGGUGUCAUAAAUGCAAGAAGUGGGUCCCCGUCGAAAGUAUCAAAGAUUGCGCGGUGAAGGUCAAGGAACUGUUUUGGUGGAAACAUGCUGCAACCUGCCACCAAGGAUCCCAGGUUCCAGGGGACGAUGACUUCUAUGAACAAGACGAUAUCUCCUGUUGCCUGGAAGAACUCGGCCUCUGA